AUGCCGAAGCAGUGCAACCACAUGCUGAAAACGAAAGCUGCUGAGCCACCGAGACGGUGCAAGCUCGGAGCAAUUGAAGGAAGUGUCAAGUGCUCUGUUCACAAGGGCAAGGCGCAAAGCCACACUCAAGGCAAAGGCAAGGAAGGCAAAGGAGGCAAGACAAAGGCUGCCAAGCACUACGGAGUCUGUACCAAGACACUUCUCCGCUGGGAGGAGGCUGGAAAGAUCAAGGUCGUUAGGAGCCCAGGAGGCCAGCGGCUCUACGACCUCAAGUCAACCCUCGUCGAUAAGGAGCCAUUUAUCUAUGUCAGGGUCUCAAGCUACAAACAGAAGAAUGAUCUUCAGAGACAGGAACAGUAUCUGCUUGACAAAUAUCCCCGACACAGCAUUGUCAAGGACAUCGGAUCUGGCCUCAACUUCAAGAGGAAGGGACUUUUAUCCCUUCUGGAACAGAGCGAGAGAGGACUUGUACAGGAAGUUGUGGUUGCCUCUAAAGACAGACUGUGUCGUUUCGGAUUCGAUCUACUCGCAUGGCACUUUGAAAGACAUGGUGUCAACCUCGUGGUUUGCAACGAGGAAGAUAAGUCC